CCCAGGACCCCGCGGCACAGCAGAGACCCCCGGAGAGACCCCCGCGGAGCCGCCAGCAGCAGGAUGGGCCAGUGCAACUGCCGCAAGAAGCGCAAGGACUGCCAGGAGCUGACGGACGUGGAGCGGGCCAUCGAGACGGUGAUCAGCCAGUUCCACUGCUACGCCGUGAAGGGCCAGAAGGAGUACCUGACCCCCAACGAGAUGCAGGAGCUGGUGGUGCAGAAGCUGCCGCACCUGGGCAAGUGCGUGGGACCCCUGGAAGAGAAGAUCGAAUGCAUGGGAGACCCUAACGAGGCCAAGCUGGAGUUCGGGGAGUACUGGGACAUGAUGGGGGACGCGGCCAAGGGCUGCCGGAGGAAGUAGAAGGGUGGUGGGGGACGGGAAGGCGCCCGAGGCCUCCGGCUCUGCUCCUGGAAGCGCCAGAAGCCGCUGGGAUGCUCCUGGGAAAAAAAAAACUGGGAAAAAAACCCGAAAAUUCUGCGCUGCUGCCGGAGGAUCCCCCUCCCCGGCUGCAUCCCUGCCCUCCUGGGCUCGCCUUCCCUCCCCAGCUCUGCCCCGGAGCGGGGGGCACGGGCGGGGGGUCCUGGCAGCGGAGCCGCCUCUCGCCGUGCGCCCCCACCCCCGGGCUCGCCCCCCACCCCUCCACUGCGGCUCCCCCCGCCCCGCAGCGAGGGGGGCUCGGCUCCAAACCCCCCUGGGUUUGGGGGGGCUCGUCCCUGUCACCCCCAUGGCACCUCCAGGGGCACCCCGGGGUGGGUGCGCGUGGCCUGGGAGCUCUCCCUGCCGUGUCCCCGCCCGGAUUUUGGGGGGUUGUCCCGGGA